AUGGCUUCUUGUGGCUUGUAUUACUCUCCUACCGCCACGGUGCAGCGUGCCCACACGCCCACCAUCACAAAUGGCUUUAGAUUGGUCAAUGGCCUUCGAGUUCCGGCCCGUCUCAGGAAUCAUCGGCAGAGCCAACAGUCUACUGGGCAACCUGGCUUCUUCACCGAUGAUUCGAAACUCUUCCAUUCUCCCACCGUCGAACUCCAGCGCAACACCAUCGACAGUAGCUACCGACUUGUGAAUGACUACCGCGUUCCCAAACCUAUCAGACGUCGCAACACAACGCCUCUUUCUUUCACAGAAGAGAUUGCUUUCUUUCAUUCGCCCCCUGCCGCCAAGGCUCUCGAUGGAGCUUCGAUGAAUGCCUUGGAUAGUCGUAUCGACAACCUCGGCGUCCCCGCUUGCCUUGGCGACAAUGAGCACCAGUUUACCUAUGGUCGCCUCGAAUCUUUCAGCUCAGCCAUCUCUGAGCCUCAGUUUCGAUCUCAGAGCUGGCUCUCUUCCGAUCAGCCUAUCAUCAACUCGCCAACAGCAGCUUUCCCACAAGUUCCCCGGGACAACAUCCUCUCCAGAACUCACAAUGGCCUUCGUAUCCCUCACCCCAUCAGCCACAGUAGACGGACCACAAAUUCAAUCACCCGCCACAACGGUACUGAGAAAAAAGUUCAGGAUACUGAAUCCUGCGGCAUCCUUCAGGAGACCCCCCUCAAUAUCACGGGCAGAGCUAUCAACUACCGUAGACUUCACAGCUACCAGACUGCAAGAGCAGCUCACAUCCUCCACACCGACCCAAACAAUGUGGAAGAAGAUGAGGUAACAGCGGAGGCCAGACAAGCCCAGUUUUGUACCUUGGUCGACAUCGCGAUUGACCGUCUCCACGAUCCCUUCACCAAUGAAGACAGACAAGUCCUUCGACAGAUUGUUGGCUAUCUGGACCAGCGCAGAUAUGACCUCGUUGCGCGCCGCAUUAGUGUUGACUCGAAUGCGCCACAGGUCACUGUCCCAGCAACCUGGACAGAGGUGGCAGACCUUGCCUUUGAGGCGAUCCGUACGGUUGACUAUCCUUACCUCCUUCGCGUCAUGCAGGCCAUCGACAUCCUCUCUUCUGGCAUUUGGUAUUUCGACUCAGAAGAGACAGAGACAAAGAAGGAGAACAUCCCUCUUGGAUUCAAUUUAAUGACGGGGUAG